UUCUGGAUGUACCGCUACAUCAUGUAACCUGUUAAGUAUUAAGAUCUGCUUCCAGCUGGAACUGCGGUUUCAUUGAGCAGGAUUGUAUCGAGCAGAGUAUUCAUGAAGCAUAUGUGCAAACCAUUUCAAAAGCGCAGCAUUACAUCUACAUUGAAAAUCAGUUCUUUAUUAGUUUAGAGCUCGGUAAUCCAACUGUGAAGAACCAGAUUGCAGGGUACUUGUUGAAGCGAAUAAUGAGAGCCUUCCGCGAGAAAAAGGUGUUCCGGGUGUACGUAGUUAUGCCACUUCUUCCAGGUUUCCAGGGUGACGUCGGGGGUGCUAGUGGAAUCUCGUUACGGGCUAUAACUCACUGGAACUAUGCGUCUAAAUGCAGAGGAAAGAACUCGAUACUUUCUCGAUUGAGCUCGGCCGGUAUUAGGAAUCCUUUUGAGUACAUCUCCUUCCACAGUUUACGAACGCACUCUACACUGAACGGAGUGCUGGUAACUGAAUUGAUUUACGUCCACUCCAAACUACUGAUUGCCGACGAUAGAGUAGUUAUCUGCGGAUCGGCGAACAUUAAUGACCGGUCGCUGCUUGGAAAAUGAGACUCGGAGGUGUGCGUUAUGA